AGUUUCCGGCAACGAUCGAGAGUUUCUAACGUGCCCUCUUGCUGUCUCGGCCGCUGUCCGCCCAACCGCCGCCCCCCUUCUCGGCUCCCUCUUCCCUCUUACCCCCCACCUCAGCCUGGCCCUGCUGGCGCCUCUGGCGCUACGGGCUGAGCAAGAUGGAGGCCUUCGGGAUCUUGAGCUACAAACACCGGCCUUUGAAGCGGCCGCGGCUGGGGCCUCCCGAUGUGUACCCUCAAGAUCCCAAACAGAAAGAGGAUGAACUGACAGCCUUGAAUGUAAAACAAGGUUUCAAUAACCAGCCUGCUGUGUCUGGGGAUGAACAUGGCAGUGCCAAGAACGUCAACUUCAAUCCUGCCAAGGAGAGUUCCAACUUCAGCAGCAUUAUCGCAGAGAAAUUACGUUGUAACACCCUCCCUGACACUGGUCGCCGGAAGCCCCAAGUGAACCAGAAAGACAACUUCUGGCUGGUGACCGCACGGUCCCAGAGUGCCAUUAACACUUGGUUCACUGACCUGGCUGGCACCAAGCCACUCACACAACUAGCCAAAAAGGUCCCCAUUUUCAGUAAGAAGGAAGAAGUGUUUGGAUACUUAGCCAAGUACACAGUGCCUGUGAUGCGGGCCGCCUGGCUCAUUAAGAUGACCUGUGCUUACCGUGCAGCAAUCACUGAGACCAAGGUUAAGAAGAGACAUGUCAUUGAUCCCUUCAUGGGAUGGACUCAGAUCAUCACCAAAUACCUGUGGGAGCAGCUACAGAAGAUGGCCGAGUACUACCGGCCAGGGCCUGCAGGAAGUGGGGGCUACAGUUCCACUAUUGGGCCCUUGCCCCAUGAUGUGGAGGUGGCAAUCCGGCAGUGGGACUACAACGAGAAGCUGGCCAUGUUCAUGUUUCAGGAUGGAAUGCUGGACAGACACGAGUUCCUGACCUGGGUACUUGAGUGUUAUGAGAAAAUCCGUCCCGGAGAGGAUGAAUUGCUUCAACUGCUGCUGCCGCUACUGCUUCGGUACUCUGGGGAGUUUGUUCAGUCUGCCUACCUCUCCCACCGCCUUGCCUACUUCUGUACCCGGAGAUUGGCCCUGCAACUGGAUGGCAUGAGCAGCCACUCAUCUCAUGUUAUAUCUGCUCAGUCAACAAGCACAUUGCCCACCACUCCCGCUCCUCAGCCUCCAACAAGCAGCACACCCUCUAUACCCUUUAGUGACCUGCUUAUGUGCCCUCAGCACCGGCCUCUGGUUUUUGGCCUCAGCUGUAUCCUACAGACUGUUCUCCUGUGUUGUCCUAGUGCUCUGGUUUGGCACUAUUCACUGACUGAUAGCCGAGUUAAGACUGGCUCACCACUUGACCACCUCCCUAUUGCCCCCUCCAACCUGCCCAUGCCUGAGGGCAACAGUGCUUUCACUCGGCAGGUCCGUGCAAAGUUGCGGGAGAUUGAGCAGCAGAUCAAGGAGCGGGGACAAGCAGCUGAGGUUCGCUGGUCUUUUGAUAAGUGCCAGGAAGCCACUGCAGGGUUCACCAUUGGACGGGUGCUCCAUACUCUGGAAGUGCUAGACAGCCAUAGUUUUGAACGUUCUGACUUCAGCAACUCUCUUGACUCCCUUUGUAACCGAAUUUUUGGAUUGGGGCCCAGCAAGGAUGGACAUGAGAUCUCCUCAGAUGAUGACGCAGUGGUGUCAUUACUAUGUGAAUGGGCUGUCAGCUGCAAGCGUUCUGGUCGGCAUCUUGCAAAGGUGGUAGCCAAGCUCCUGGAAGAGAGACAAGCAGAGAUUGAGGCUGAGCGUUGUGGAGAAUCAGAAGCAGCAGAUGAGAAGGGUUCCAUCGCCUCUGGCUCCCUAUCUGCUCCUAGUGCUCCCAUUUUCCAGGAUGUCCUCCUGCAAUUUCUGUACACACAGGCUCCCAUGCUGACGGACCCCUGAAGUGAGAGCGAGCGGGUGGAAUUCUUUAACUUGGUAUUGCUAUUCUGUGAACUGAUCCGACAUGAUGUUUUCUCCCACAACAUGUAUACUUGCACCCUCAUCUCCCGAGGGGACCUUGCCUUUGGAGCCCCUGGUCCCCGGCCUCCCUCUCCCUUCGAUGACCCUGCCGAUGACCCAGAGCGCAAGGAGGCUGAGGGUAGCAGCAGUAGCAAGCUUGAGGAUCCAGGGCUCUCAGAAUCUAUGGACAUUGACCCCAGUUCCAGUGUACUCUUUGAGGACAUGGAGAAGCCUGAUUUCUCAAGCCCUCCAUACCCACAUCCCAAGCCCAGUGGCUAG